AUGAAUGAGUGUGUGGUUCGUAUGACACAGUCUAUAUUACUCGGUUAUGUUAUUGAUUAUUUUGGUGGCGGUGACUUAAUACAAUAUGACCAUGCUUGUCUGGCGGCCGGCGGUGUUUGUUUAUGCGUUAUGUUAACCACUGUUAUGGAUAAUAGCAGCAGGGUACGUUUAAGCCAACUGGGAAUGCGCGCUCGCAGUGCCUGUUGUACUCUAAUGUAUAAAAAGUCACUCAAACUGAAUCAGUUAUCAAUGGAAAAGACAACUGUGGGCCAGAUUAUAAAUUUAAUGUCUAACGAUGUAAAUCGAUUUGAUAGGUCAGGCAUGUGCAUAUUAAUGACCGCAAAGCUCACUGACAGUAGGCUUCAGCACAUGGUUGAGAUCAUAUCAAGUAUGCGUAUCGUUAAAAUGUAUUCCUGGGAACAGUCUUUCGCAGACCACGUGGCGGAGGCACGAAAACAGGAAGUUUCGUGUAUACAGAGAUCUUGCUUUCUGAAGGCAAUCAAUAUAUCGCUGUUAAUGGUAUUUUUAUGUUUUACUACCUUGAUACUCACCGGUGGAGUACUGUACGCUAAAGCUGUAUUUGUAUCAAUGAUGCUUGUUACCUCCAUAAGAGCAAAUAUGACCAGGUACUUCCCAGAGUCAAUUACAUUAGGCGCCGAGUUAUUAGUUUCGUAUGGCAAACAAUUGCCCGAAGUAUCCAUUAAUAACAUAACAGCCAAAUGGAGUGAUUGCAACCUCUCUUGGGGAAACUUCUCUUGGGGAAACACCUCCUUUGGAGAAACGGAUUUGAAAUAUAUUUUGGAAACCUCCCUUGAAGAAACACUCUCUAUAAGAAACACUUUGGCUAUGCAUCUGCCCGAAAGCCCGUGUCUAACGCUUGAGAAUAUUUCGGUACAUUUAAAAGCCGGCGAUUUAUUGGCUGUUAUCGGACCGGUGGGGGCGGGAAAGAGCUCACUCUUAAUGACAAUUCUGAAUGAACUGCCGGUUCUGUCGGGAAGUAUAGAAACGGUGGGAACGAUGAGCUACGCCUCGCAGGAGUCGUGGAGUUUUAACACUAGUGUCCGAAAUAAUAUACUUUUUGGAGCCGAAUAUAACAAAACCCGAUAUAAGCGAGUGGUAGAGGUGUGCGCUUUGGUGCGGGACUUUGAGAGAUUCCCGUUCGGAGACAAAUCAUUAGUCGGUGAGAGAGGAGUACAGCUGUCUGGCGGACAGAAAGCCCGCGUAACGUUAGCCAGAGCUCUGUACCAAAACUCGGAUAUCGUAUUAAUGGACGACCCGUUGAGUGCUGUCGACCCGUGUGUUGCCGAACAUAUAUUUGAUAAUCUAACAAAUAAUGUAUUUCGCGAAAUAACAAACACCAGAUGUAUAGUCGACUACUUGUGCGACAAAAUCCGUAUUCUAGUCACACAUCAAAUCCAAUUCAUACGAAAAGCGACACAAAUAUUGGUUUUGAACGACGAGGGAAAGUGUCUGGGAUUGGGAUCCUAUGAUGAGCUCCAGUCCCGGGGCUUAGACUUCAUGUCUAUUCUCAGCGAUCAGGAGAAGGAAGUCGACGAUAAGGCAGAACAAAAUAUGGAAGACACAUAUGACAGUAAAAUAAAUGCCCAGGGCACUUUAGUUGCCGAGAAUUUGACACAAAAUGCAGAACAAAAUAUGGAAGACACAUAUGACAGUAAAAUAAAUGCCCAGGGCACUUUAGUUGCCGAGAAUUUGACACAAAAUAAUGCAGAGAACGUUAUGAAACCAAAAAUAAUUGACGAAGGCCGGGAAACCGGUUCAAUAUCCUGGAAUGUAUAUUGCACAUUUAUCAAGGCGGGCGAUGGACCCUUGCUGACUGACAAAAAUCAAAACACAAAUAACAUUACCACUUCUGAGCAGAACAGAGAUGUGUUAAUCUACUCCUCACUGAUGGUCGCGCUUUUCAUCGCAUCCCUAUUGAGAGCCAUCACAUGGUUUGUGAUGUUUAUGAGGGCUUCAGUUAAUCUCCACAACACUAUAUUCUAUCGUCUAUUACGGGCCCCGAUGUCUGUGUUUGAAAAUAACCCAGUUGGUCAAAUUUUAAAUCGCUUUUCAAAAGAUCUUGGUACAGUCGAUGAGCAAUUACCAACUACAGCGCUUGAAUUAAACUUGAGUUUGACUCAAGGUGUCGGCGGAAUAAUAAUAAUCACGAUUGUCAAUCCAUAUAUGAUUAUACCAUCAUUCAUUUUAAUUGUAGUGGUAUUGGCAGCUAGGGCUGUUUACAUCAAGUCAGCUAGGGACAUUAAACGGGCCGAAGGUUUAAGAUUGGCAUUAGCGAAGUGUGGAGGGAUGGCCCGGAGUCCAGUGUAUUCACACGUGAGCACUACACUCAAUGGAUUGGCCAGUAUUAGGGCCUUUGGGGCGCAGGACGUGUUUGAGAGACAAUUUUACAUCUACCAAGAUGAUCACUCGGCCACCUGGAUGCUCGUCACCACCGCUAGCUAUGCGUUUGCUUUAAUCAUAGACGGACUGUGUUUUCUCUAUACAGUCAUUAUAUUCACUGUGUUUAUGGUAUUCCCCGAAAAGUUGGGCGCAGGUGAGACGGGACUGGCCUUAACAUCAGCCUUAACGUUGAUGGGAUUGACCGCAUGGGGAGUCCGACUAUCGGCCGAAGUGGAGAGUCAGAUGACUUCAGUCGAGCGCAUCAUUGAGUACUCAAAACUACCGCAAGAGGCAGCCCUCACAGCUCAUGACAGCCAUAAACCCCCUCCCGAUUGGCCACAGGCGGGACAGAUAGAGCUCAAGGAUAUCAGUCUAUACUACUCGGGAUCAGACAAACCGGUGCUCAAGAACUUGACGUGUGUUAUAAAAAGUGGAGAAAAGAUAGGCAUCUGCGGGCGGACGGGCGCCGGCAAGUCGUCCAUCAUAUCAGCCCUGUUUCGUAUGGUUGAGCCAAAGGGGGCGAUAGUAAUGGACGGCAUUAACACGGGAUCAAUAGGUUUGCGUGACUUGCGCUCUGCCAUCUCAAUCAUACCUCAGGAUCCGGUGGUCUUCACGGGAAGUGUCCGAAAAAAUUUGGACCCUUUCGGCGAAUACAGCGACCAAAACAUGUGGAGUUCCUUAGAGGACGUGCAGCUGAGGGGGCCGUUGGGGGACCUCCCGGGCCAGUUGGACGGCCUGUUGGCCGAAGGGGGCGCUAAUCUGAGUGUAGGUCAGCGGCAGUUGGUAUGUCUGGCGCGGGCUAUACUGCGACACAAUAGGGUACUAGUGUUGGACGAGGCGACCGCUAAUGUUGACCAUCAAACCGAUGCCUUAAUUCAGACCACAAUUUGCCGCAAAUUCAGUGACUGUACUGUCCUUACGAUCGCUCACAGACUCAACACUAUUAUUAAUUGCGAUCGCGUUUUGGUGUUAGACGCGGGAGAGAUCGUAGAGUUUGACGAACCGUUUGUUUUAUUGCAACGAAAGGGACAGUUGUAUGACAUGUGCCGCCAGACUGGGAAACAUAUGUUCAAUCGUUUACUAAAUAUGGCUAAAGAAUCACAUUUUAAGAGAUUUACUACCAGACAAGUCAACGACGAGGACAGGGAUCGAGACAGCAGUCUUAGUGAUGAAAUAUACGACACAAAAAUGGGUUUCAAUAAAAUUUGGCCGUCGGAUAUUGGCGAUUACUCAGGAACCGUUGAAGUGACACUACAUUCCAAAAUCACUAGUGCUGUGCAGCCUGUGCUUAGUAUAGGGAGGGGUGGGGAUUAUAUUUUUUAA